UCGCGCGCGCGUUAAAUGAGGAUCCGUGUAACCCCUCUUAAGGCGCCUCUGCCUCUGUGUCACUAUGUCUCCCUCUCUGUCACCCACGUAACCGGCUCUCUGUCCCCCCGGUGUGUCGCCGUGUCCCAUGUGCGUCCUCUUAGGUGCACGGUGGCUAUCGUUACUUGGCCAAAUGGUCGUAUUGGUGAUGCCUCCAGGGGUAUAUAUACGACGAGCGCUGCGGGGCUUGAUAAACACUUGCCCAUCAGCGAUUACUGCUGCAGCAUGUACACGUCACUGAUAACCGUGAUCGCGCUUGCAGGCUGCGUGGCAGCCGCCCCCGCAGAGGAGGUGAUACCGAUCGUGGCCCAAAGCCAGGAGGGCCCGAACCCAGACGGCUCGUACAAAUGGAGCUACGAAUCCGGAAACGGGAUCAAGGCGCAAGAGGAGGGCCACUUGGAGAACGCUGGCCAAGAGAACGAGGCGAUGAACGCGCAGGGAAGCUUCAGUUAUCCCAGUGACGACGGCCAACAAAUCUCGUUGACGUAUAUAGCGAAUGAGGAAGGUUUCCAACCGCAAGGCGCUCAUUUACCGACCACGCCGGAAAUACCGCCCCUUAUCCAGAAGGCGCUCGAUUGGAUAGCUGCACAUCCGAGCAAAGAGGACCAGAAUCAGGUAUAAAGGAUAGUACGUGCGUCGUCAGUGAUCUCAGCGAGUCUGCAAUUCGAUCCAAUCCCUUUUGUACUACUACGGAUUAAAUUUUUUUUUUUUUUUUUUUUUUUUUUUUUUUUUUUUUUUUUUUUUUU